UCCCAACAGCUUUCGGAAGACCAACCACCCAACCAAAAUGUUUCAUCAUUUACUUUUUACUACAACAAAUUACUUCACCACUGAAACAACACAAUCUACAUUUACAUUUUCCAGAAAAUCAAAAUGUCCAAAUAUUCAUACUAGAAUAUGCAUAGAUUUAUGUCUCUCCACAAUUUUGCCAGCUUUCAGAUUCUUUCGGACAUCAAAUGUUUAUAAACCGGAGAAAUUCCUUAUUGAUUGAAUUUAUGUUUCCUCUAUGGACCGGAAUGUAAAAGACUCUGCUAGACUUAACAGCUCAAGUUUUUCCAGCAGGAGUGAUGGUUUUGAAUCUGUCUCGAGUAACAAUGCUAAGCAUCAGGCUAGUUUGGUGGAAUGGUUAAAUGGCGUUCUUCCUGACCUACGUGUGCCAGCAAAUGCUUCGGAUGAGGAAUUACGGGAUAUCCUUAUUGAUGGAUCUGUCCUAUGUCGAAUACUAAACAAGCUAAAACCUGGCUCCGUGCCUGAGCAUGACUCAAAAUCACAAGUGGAAAGAGUCGGGAGAUUUUUGUCAGCAAUGGAUGAAAUGGGGUUGCCAAGGUUUCAAGUGGCUGACCUUGAAAAGGGAUCAAUGAAAAUGGUGUUGGACUGUCUUUCAACACUGCGGACACAGUUUAUGCUGCGAUUUAGCAGGAUGGAUUCCACCAGCUCGGGAUGGAAAUCGGUAGGCGAGAGGAUGGCAAGUGCUAAUAGCACUCCAAAGGAAGAACGCUUCCGGAUGCUGUCUUCUCCGCCUUUCGGAGAAGACAGGCGGAGGUUAUUACCCGACUCAAAAUCUCCACACGGACUACGUAGUAGUCCCAAAAUGACAGCCGGCGUCAUGAGUCACGCUGGCCACAAGUUUCACGAAGUCUUUCAGCUCAAACAAGGAUCUUACACAGAUCUUCCUGCUGCAAAAAUCUCGGAAAUGAUGAAAUCGAACAGCUUGGAUAAUGCUCCGACUCAGUCACUAUUAAGCGUUGUCAACGGCAUAUUAGAUGAAAGUGUGGAGAUGAAGAGUGGAGCAAUACCUUAUCGUGUUGCUUGCCUUCUGAGGAAAGUCGUGCAGGAGAUUGAGCGGCGGAUAUGUACUCAAGCAGAACACUUGCGCACGCAAAAUAAUCUUUUCAAGGCACGAGAAGAGAAGUACCAAUCCAGGAUUCGAGUACUCGAGGCCCUUGCAACGGGGACUAGUGAGGAGACACAGAUCGUCAUGAAUCAGCUCAAGCAGAUUAAGAAUGAUAAGAACAAAAUAGAGGAGAAAAAGAAGGCAGAAGAGCACGAGACGUGGAAGCUGGUCAAGGAGAAAGACGACCUCAAUCAAGUGGUAGCGAACUUGAGGCAAGAGCUGAGAGAGAUCAAUGGCACAACAAGACUGUCGAAUGAGAAUGAUGACCUUAAUCAGGAGGUUGCGAAUUUGAGGAAAGAGCUUAGUGAAAGAAGUGAGUUCAAUCAAGGCUCGGGAAAUAUGAGGCAAGAACCAAAAGAGAGAGAUACAAAUACGAGGCAAGAGACUAAAGACAUUCAACAAGAGCUUCAGGAAAGGUUGAAGGAGGCACUAUUCAUGUUAACAGAGUCGAGAGCUAGAAUAAAGGAGCUCGAAGCAAUGGAAGAUAGAGAUGGAUGCAACCGGCAAGAGCUCAAGGAUAGGUCAACAGAAGCACCGAGUUUGCCAACGGAGUCGAAAUCUGGAGUCCAAGAGCAUGAGGCAAUAAAAACUGGUUCCGGAGUCGGUCAACAUGAACUUGAGGAUAAACUGAAAGAAGCACACAGCUUACUAACAGAGUCUAGGACUAGGAUAAAGGAGCUCGAGGCGAUGAAUGCUGAAAUCGGCGGUGGUCAAAGAGAGCUCCAGAAUAGGUUGAAGGAAGCACAAAACUUGCUAAAAGAGUCGAGAGAUAGAGUGAAGGAACUCGAGGAAAGGAAAGCUGAACCUGGAGGAGGCAGUGAAGAAGAGCUUAAGGAUAGGCUAAAAGAAGCACAAAGCUUGCUAAGAGAAUCUAGAGCUAGAAUAAAAGAGCUUGAGGCGUCGAAAAUUGAAGCUGGAGGCGGUCAGCGAGAGAUUGAGGAUAGGUCGAAGGAAGCGGUCACCUUGCUAGCAGAUUCAAGAGCUAGAGUAAAGGAGCUCGAGGCAAUGAAAGCUGAAGCUGACAACAAGCAACAAGAGCUCGUAGACAGGUUGGAUGAAGCCUUGAACUCGGUAACACAGUUAAAAUCCAGGGUGCAGGAGCUAGAGGCAAUGAAAGUUGCAGUUGGAGGCACUCAACAAGAGCUCGAGAAUAGGUUAAAGGAGGCAGUAAGCUCACUAAACGAGUCUAAAGCCCGAGUGAAGGACCUCGAGGCAAUGACAAUCGAAGGUGGAGGCACGCAACAAGAUCUUGAGAAAAAAUUGAAGGAAGCUGUGAGCAUGUCGAUAGAGUUGAGAUCUCGAGUGAAGGAGCUCGAGGCUAUGGAUGCUGAAGCUCGAAGCACUAAACAAGAGCUUGAAGAUAGGCUCAAGGAAGCUGUAAGCUCGUUAAAUGAGUCGAGGUCCAGAGUGAAGGAGCUCGAGGCAAUGAAAGCUGAAGCUCAUAGCACUCAACAAGAGCUUGAGAAUAGGUUGAAGGAAGCUGAAAGCUCGUUAGCAGAGUCGAGAUCUCAAGUGAAGGAGCUUGAGGCGAUGAAGGCUCAAGGAGAAGCUGCUCAACAAGAUGUCGAGAACAGAUUGAAGGAAGCUCAAAGCUCGCUAAAAGAGUCGAGAGCUAGAGUGAAGGAGCUUGAGGCAUUAUCAAAAUCAAAAUCCGAAUGGUGGAAGAAAAAAGAACAACUUUACCAAAUUUUCACAGAAUUUCAGCUCGGUGCACUACGUGAGCUAAGAUUCUCUUCUCAGUCAAUCCAGCAAGAAAUUGGGAAAACAGAGAAAAGCUAUUCAGAAGAGUUCAGUAACUUAGGUGCGAAAAUCAAGGUUCUAGGCGACGCAGCAAAGAACUAUCAUCCACUUCUUGCAGAAAAUCGAAAGCUGCACAAUGAGUUGCAGGAGCUAAAAGGAAAUAUUAGGGUCUACUGCCGGAUAAGGCCGUUUCUUCCUGGGCAAAAAGGGAAACAAUCGAUCAUUGAAUAUAUCGGUGAAAAUGGAGAGCUAACAGUUGCCAAUCCUACCAAGCCGGGGAAAGAAGGGCGCCGUUCAUUUAGGUUUGAUAAAGUAUAUGGCCCAACAUCAACUCAAGCUCAAGUUUUUGCAGAUACUCAGCCACUAAUACAAUCUGUUCUUGAUGGAUUCAAUGUGUGCAUUUUUGCCUAUGGCCAGACUGGUUCGGGGAAAACCUAUACGAUGACUGGUCCCGAUGGAGCAAGUGAAGACGAAUGGGGGGUGAACUAUCGAGCGUUAAAGAACCUUUUCACCAUCACACAAGACAGGGGGAGCAUCCUUCAAUACGAAGUUUCCGUUCAGAUGGUGGAAAUAUACAACGAACAAGUCCGCGAUUUGCUCUCAAAUGAUGGCCAAAAAAAACUUGGGAUCUUGACUAGCUCACAACCGAACGGGCUGGCCGUCCCGGAUGCAAGCAUUCAGCCAGUCAACUCAACCGGAGACGUGAUGAAACUAAUGGAUAUUGGACUGCAGAAUAGAGCUAAAAGCUCAACUGCCAUGAACGAAAGAAGCAGUAGAUCACACAGUAUCGUCUCCAUUCACACGCGAGGAACGGAUUUGAAGAGUGGUUCUUCUCUACGAGGCAGUCUUCAUUUAGUGGAUCUUGCCGGAAGUGAAAGAGUAGACCGUUCGGAAGUGACGGGGGACAGGCUUAAAGAGGCGCAGCAUAUCAAUAAAUCGUUAUCUGCUCUCGGUGAUGUUAUUUUUGCUUUGUCACAGAAGUCAGCUCACGUUCCAUACCGCAACAGCAAGCUCACUCAAGUCCUUCAGAGCUCAUUAGGUGGCCAUGCAAAGACCCUAAUGUUUGUACAGCUUAAUCCCGAUGCGACUUCUUUUAGUGAAACCUUGAGCACCUUAAAAUUUGCUGAAAGGGUGUCGGGAGUCGAGUUGGGUGCAGCAAAGAGCAACAAAGACAACAAGGAUGUACGCGAAUUGAUGGAUCAGGUUGCAACUCUUAAAGAGAGCUUAGCUAAGAAAGAUGAGGAGAUAGUGGCGCUGCAGCAGCCGCCGAUUAAGGAUCCGAAAAGUGGAGCUUCUCUAGAGAAGAAGGGUAGCAGAUCAUUGAGGUAACGAUGAAGUUGAUGGCUCUUGCAGAGCCACUCGCUCACGUUCCCGAUAGAGCAAGACGAGCGAAGAACAUUGAUAAGCAAGCAAGUCUGUACAUAGCCUUAGAAACAUUCCCAAUUUCUAGUGAUGCUUAUCUUGACAUUUCCUUGCCUAAAUGGAUAUCUAGAUUUCCACGAUUCCAGUGAGAAAAAUCAGAUGCGGAGCCACUCAAUUGUAUAUAGUCAGUAUUGAAUCAUCAUAGUUAAAAUGAUGUGUAUAUGUUUUCCCUUUAAGAAGAUAGCAACAACUCCGAA